GGCUCGGACAGGAUCCUGUCUUCACUUCCCAGCUCUCUUUGCCUCGAGGCGCACGCUCUCGUCUCCUGGGACUUCCUACUGAGCGCCUAAGCCUACUAAGGACUUCCUUCUGGGUGCUGAUCCUUUCAGGGACUUCCUCCUCCUCCUCCGAGAUGAAGACACAGGUCUUGAGGCUUUUGGUGGCAGUUUUAGCAGUCCUGGUCUCUGCCGCGGGGGCGUCUGCGAUCGCCGGCCAUCACGACUUCCAGCGCCGCAAUGGAACCAUUAUUCAGGAGCCGCGGGACAUGUCCAAGGAGCCAAAAUUAGUUCCUGACUGCGGGAGUAACCCGGUAGGCACUGGCGAUAUAACCUUACAGCCCGGAGAGAGCAUCAACCUCGCGUCUCCUAACUUCCCUGCUCCGUACGCGAGCAACUUGGAGAUGAUAUGGAAAAUCACGGCUCCUUCUUCUGACUAUCUGAAGAUCAACUGUGACAUCCAAGGAAUCCAGGGAAAGUGGACGUGCAGGAGAGGAGACAAGCUUAUUAUCAGAGAUGGAUGUUCGAGAGAAAGGGUAUGCUCCAGAACACCUACAGUAGAGAACAUAGAUACCUGUGCAACUAUAGCCAGAAUCGUUUUCCGGACAAACUACCUAGGGUCACUAGAUGGUUUCUGCUGUAGAGUGACUGCUGUCAAAAUAGGAACUGAAAGCACCGCAGCCGUCACCACAGACGGAAACACUCAAACUGACGCACCAAAUACUUGCCCAUGCGGUGUGCCCAACAGAAGCACGAGGAUUGUGGGCGGUGUGGUGACGGAGAUGAACGAGUACCCUUGGCUGGUCGGUCUGUCCCAAUCUAAUGAUAAUUCAAAUCAGCCCUUCUGUGGCGGAUCUGUCUACAACGAUCUGUGGGUGGUGACAGCCGCCCAUUGUGUUGAUGGUAGUAGCCCUUCUAGCAUCGAGGUUCUCUACAACAUGUGGGACUGGACAUCCACUGCGACACUGAUCAAAAGGACCGUUGCUCAAAUCAUCAUGCACCCGCAGUACAACAAUGCCACGAUUAACAACGACAUCGCCCUCAUUCGCGUCUCGUCACCUGUGAACCUCGACUUGCCUGGAAUCAUGCCGUAUGCCUCCAUCUUCCACGGACAAUUUUGAAACAAAAACGGAAUUGUCACUGGUUGGGGAACUUUGACACAUGGUGGUAGCCAGCCGGAUAAGAAUUACGAGGUCACAGUGCCCAUCAAAACAGACAGUGUAUGCACUGAUUCUUAUGGAAGCAAUUUCAUAGCCAAUACCAUGAUCUGUGCUGGUUUUCCCUCGGGAGGAUCCGACUCCUGCCAGGGCGAUAGUGGCGGUUCCCUCACAGUCGACGUUAAUGGCCAGCACACCUCGC